GCGGCUGCUGCCGGGAGGGUGAAUGAAGCCGGGAGGAGGGCACGGGGGCGGCGGCGGCGGCGGCGGCGCUGCGGGCACUGGGAUGCGCCCCGGAGCCCCGCGGCUCGCUCGCGCGUUCGGGGCCGGGCCGGAGCUGCCACUCCCCGGGCCGCCGCCGCCGCGCCGCCGGCUCCUACGUGGUUCCAGCGCCGCGCGCAGGCCGGGCCCGCAGGGGGCAGGGCAGGGGGCCGGCCGGGCGGAGCGAGAGGUCCUUACCUCACAAAAACUACUACAAGCACCCAGCUCCCUGAUGGAAAGCCCUUUGUUCUGUUUUUCCUUUCGGAUCUCCUCGCCUGCGCUCCCCACCCCAUCCCAGGAGCAGCGCGCGUGGCCAGUCUCCAGGGCGUCCCCUGCCAGCUGCAGCUCAGCCGGUCAUCCUUGUCCCCCAGGGUCCUCCUCGGCCAGUGUCACCCCAGGGAAGUGCAUCAUGUAUCAGCACACUGGAGCAAAAUGAGAGUUGAGUUGGAAGCCUCCCCAGUCGUGCUGCUGCCGAUCGUGAGAAAGCGAGAGGGUGGACUUCAGCCUGCAGGAAAGGUCUUGAAACACGUGAGGUUCGGGGUCUAGCUGUUUUACAUUGAAUUUCUCUACUGCCACCCUUUGUACAUGAACAAAAAUCUGUGUGAGGAUCUGCAGGGAAGAAAGUGACAGCUUAUGCUUCUCCGUCGUGAUGAAAACCCAUGGUACAGGUGUUGUCACUGCACCGUGAGAGGUGGCGAGAAGGCGUCUGAGCCCAAGAGCACUGCAGCUUCUUGUGGGGAGUCUCCAUGGUGAAGGACAGGCCGGAGCUUCCUGCGGACCGUGCACAGUGAAUGUUGUCCCCGAGCAGCUGCUGGCGCGCCGCACCCCGCGGGGACAUGAUCCCUCAUGAAGAGCCUGGCUGCCCCGCGGAGAUCCCCUGUGACUUUCCAUGUCUCCCACUAGACCCCGAGCCCGCCAGACAGUGAAGCAGCCACCGUGGAGGGGGGACGGCGAAAAAUGAAAUCCAACCAAGAGCGGAGCAACGAAUGCCUGCCGCCCAAGAAGCGCGAGAUCCCCGCCCCCAGCCGGGCCUCGGAGGAGAAGGCUGGCGGCGGCGGCGGCGGCGGCGGCGGCGGCGGUGGCGGCUCGGUGCUGCCCCCCAGCGGCGACAACCACCGCGCCGAGGCCGUGCCAUGGCUCCCGGGGACGCCAGGGGGCGCUCGAGGCCACGGGGGCAGCAGCGGCGGCGGCGGCGGCGGCGGUGGCGGUGGCGGCGGCGGCGGCGGCGGCGGAGGCGGCGGCAGCUGCAACAGCGGCAGCGGCAGCAGCAGCAGCAGCAGCGGCGGCGGCGGCAGCGGCAGCAGCAGCGGGCGCCACGGGCCCGCCGCCGCCGUCGAGCUGGGCUUGCCGCAGGGAAUCGGGCUGCACAAGGCGCUGGCGGCGGCGGGGCUGGACUACUCGCCGCCCGGCGCGCCCCGCUCCAUGCCCGCCGCCACGCUGCCCCCCGCGCCCUACCCGCCGCCGCCGCCGUCGGGGACGCCCGUGUCGCCCGUGCAGUACGCGCACCUGCCGCACACCUUCCAGUUCCUGGGCUCGUCGCAGUACAGCGGGCCCUACGCCGGCUUCAUCCCGUCGCAGCUGCUCUCGCCCUCGGCCAGCCCGGCCACCAGCACGGUGGCCUCGGCCACGGCCACGCCGGCCCCGCGCUCGCAGCUGGAGGCCUACUCCACCCUGCUGGCCAGCAUGGGCAGCCUGAGCCAGGCGGCCGGCCACAAGGCCGAGCCCCCGCCGCCGCCGCCCCCGCCGCCGCCGCCGCCGCCGCCGGCCGCGCACCUGGGCCGCGGCGCGCCCGCGCUCGUGGCCGCCGCCGCCGCCUCCCCGCCGCCCGCCGGCGCGCAGAGCCCCUUCGUGCACCUGGCCGGCUCGCCGCAGAACUCGGGGCGCGCCGCCUCGCCCCCGGCCCUCCCCGUGCACCUGCACCCGCACCCGACCAUGAUCCCGCACACGCUCACCCUGGGGCCGUCCCCGCAGGUGCUCGUGCAGUACACCGACGCCGCGGGCGGCCACUUCGUGCCCCGCGAGGCCGCCAAGAAGCCCGACGGCGGCCGGCUGCAGCAGGCCUUGCAGGCCAAGGAGCUCCUCAACGGGGAGAUGGAGAAGGGCCGGCGCUACGGCGCGCCCCCCGCGCCCGGCAAGCCCCCCGCACACCCCUACGAGCCCCGGCACGUGGUGGUCCACCCGGGCGCCGGCGACUACGGCGGUGGCGGCCGCGAUGCCGCGGGGGUGCGCGCGUCCGUGAUGGUCCUCCCCAACAGCGGCCCGCAGGGCGCCGAGCUGGACGUGCAGCCCGUGGCCCACCGCGAGGCCUCGCCCUCGGCCCUCAAUGACAAGAGCGCCCUGCACCUGGGCAAGGCCGGCCACCACCGCGCCUACGCGCUGUCCCCGCAGCAGGCGCUGGGCCCCGACGGCGGCGUGAAGGCGGCCGCGGUGGCCACGCUGUCGCCGCACACGGUCAUCCAGACCACGCACAGCGCGUCCGAGGCCCUGCCCGUGGGCCUGCCCGCCACCGCCUUCUACGCGGGCACGCAGCCGCCGGUCAUCGGCUACCUGAGCGGCCAGCAGCAGGCGAUCACCUACGCGGGCGGGCUGCCGCAGCACCUGGUCAUCCCGGGCACCCAGCCCCUGCUCAUCCCCGUGGGCAGCCCCGACCUGGAGGGCUCGGGCGCGGCCCCGGCCAUCGCCACGUCCUCGCCCCAGUUCGCUGCAGUGCCUCACACCUUCGUCACCACGGCCCUCCCCAAGAGCGAGAACUUCAGCCCGGACGCGCUGGCCACGCCGGCCGCCUACCCGGCCGUGGUGCAGGCGCAGAUCCACCUGCCCGUGGUGCAGUCCGUGGCCUCCCCGGCCGUGCUGCCUCCCACGCUGCCCCCCUACUUCAUGAAAGGCUCCAUCAUCCAGCUGGCCAACGGGGAGCUGAAGAAGGUGGAGGACCUGAAGACCGAGGACUUCAUCCAGAGCGCCGAGAUCAGCAGCGACCUGAGGAUCGACUCCAGCACGGUGGAGCGGGUGGAGGACAGCGCCAGCCCCGGCGUGGCCGUGAUCCAGUUCGCCGUGGGGGAGCACCGAGCCCAGGUCAGUGUUGAAGUUUUGGUAGAGUACCCUUUUUUUGUGUUUGGACAGGGCUGGUCCUCCUGCUGUCCCGAGAGAACCAGCCAGCUCUUUGAUUUGCCGUGUUCCAAACUCUCCGUUGGGGAUGUCUGCAUCUCGCUCACCCUCAAGAACCUGAAGAACGGCUCUGUUAAAAAGGGCCAGCCCGUGGAUCCUGCCAGUGGCCUGCUAAAGCCCACCAAGCCCGACGGCCUGGCGGGCAGUAGACACAGGUACGCCGAGCAGGAGAACGGAAUCAAUCAGGGAAGUGCCCAGAUGCUCUCGGAGAACGGUGAACUCAAGUUUCCCGAAAAGACAGGCUUGCCCUCCGCCGCGCCCUUGCUCACCAAAAUAGAACCCAGCAAGCCCGCAGCCCGGAGGAAGAGGAGGUGGUCGGCGCCCGAGACCCGCAAACUGGAGAAGUCGGAAGAUGAGCCACCUUUGACUCUUCCCAAGCCUUCUCUCAUUCCUCAGGAGGUUAAGAUUUGCAUUGAAGGCCGGUCUAACGUAGGCAAGUAGCGGCAGUGCGGGCGAAGGAGAGCCGGCGACCCUCAUCAUUUGUAUCCAGAUUACUGUACUGUAGGCUAAAUAACACAGUAUUUACAUGUUAUCCUCCUCCUUUAGGUUUCUGUUCUAACCUGGUCAUUAGACUUAACAGCUGGGGUGGCGGCUCUCACCACGUGGGGUGCCCGGGCUCUUAAGUGCAGGGGGCGCAGGGCAGGCGCCGGGCCAGGUCCACGCCAGCUCCAGGGGCACCCUGAGCGGCUUCACAGGCUCCGUCCUUCACAGGUCGGCCCAGACACAUCUCUGGGAGCGCUGACUUACUUCUCUUCUGCCGGGUUUUCUGCGAGGAAGUUGUGCAGGAAAGGCCAUCCCGGGGCUGCAUUGCAGGCCUGAGUCUGCACCCGGGUCCCGCCUCGAGCUCGGCUGCACCGGGGGGGCGUGGCCUCAGCAGCUGUCACUCAAUCUCAAAGUCCCAAUCAGGAAUCUCGCUUCCCGGGGCCUCCUCCCUAGGUCCCACCCCGGCCCCGCCUCGAGCUCGGCUGCACCUGGGGGGCGGUGGCCUCAGGAGCUGUCAUUCACUCGCAAAGGCCCAAUCAGGAAUCCCGCUUCGCGGGGCCAGGUUCCACCUCGGCCCCGCCCGGAGCUCGGCUGCACCCGGGGGGGCGUGGUCUCCGCAGCUAUCACUCAUGCGCAAAGUCCCAAUCAGGAAUCCCGCUUCCCGGGGCCUCGCUAGGUCCCACCCCCGACAGCGCGUUUCAGAAAGGCAAUCGUGUAAAAGAACUAUUUUUCCCUCCCCACCUCCAACUUAUUUUACAAUAAAAGCAACUUUUCAUCCUAUAGAUACCUAUUUCCCCCUAUGGGGCCUGACUGCACUGAUUUUUUUCCCCCUUUUUUCCCCUUAAAGAGCAACUGCCACACGUGGGAUUUUGUUUCUGCUUUCCUAGUGCAGUGGUUUCCCCGGGGUGGACCGGGCAGCCCCUGCGGGAGGGGGUGGCGAGCGGGGCCGCGGGCGAGUGGACACCCGCUCGGGUUUCUGUGCAGUGUUAGGAAAACCAACCAGGUGAUGGAUCGCGUUUGACUUCGCUCCCAAGAGAUGUAGACGCGAGCCGCCGAAGCUCUUCGCGUUGGGCUUGCAGAUCUUUUUGUCUUUUAACUCUAGUACUGUUUAUAGUUCAUGACUAUGGACAACUCGGGUGCCACUUUUUUCAGAUUCCAGUGUGACGUGAGGAAUUAGAUUUUGAAGAUGAGCAUAUAUAUUACUAUCUCUUAAGCACUUAAAAAAAAAAAAUCUGUUCACACUUUAUUACCAAGCAUCUUGGUCUCUCAUUCAACAAAGUACUGUAUCUCACUUUAAACUCUUUGGGAAGACAAACAAAAAACAAACAAACAAAAAAAAAAGUAAGUUGCUUUCUUUUUUUUUUUUUCAACACUGUAACUACAUUUCAGCUCUGCAGAGUUUCUCACGAGCAAGAUCCUGAAAGUUUCCACGUGGUUUCAAAGGAUGAAUGUGAAUUAUGAACUCGUAUGUGACAAUGAAUGACCACCAAGAAAAGCCGGACAGGGGCACUUUUUCACUUUGAUGUUUGAGAAAGAAUUAAAGGUGUAUGCAGAGAAACUGAGAGAAAAGGGAUGGGAAAUAAGAAUACUCAUUUUUGUUCAGUGUUUUUUCCUUUUAAGAUGAACUUUUAACGAACCUUGCGAUUUGCACAUCUUGAGUUUAUAAUUUGUGUGAUAUUCCUGCAGUUUUUUAUCCAAUAACAUUGUGGGAAAGGUUUGGGGGACUGAACGAGCAUAAAUAAAUGUAGCAAAAUUACUUUCUAACCUGCCUAAACUCUAGGCCGUUUUAUAAGGUUCCUUUCAAAAUUCAUUUUGGUCUUUUUAUCACAUCUGUCAGAGAAACCAGGCGUUAGCAGGAAUAACUCUGAGAAUUUUCUUCAGAUGCAUUGAGAGAAUUUUCCAUGAAGACAUUCAUAUAUGUGAGCGAGUUUUUUUAAAACAAUUACUUUAUUAUUGUUGUUAUUAAUGUUAUUUUCAGAAUGACUUUUUUUUCCCCCAAGAUUUCAUGUUUGGUACAAGCCCAGAAAGGGUUUUUCAUCACUUAAACCUUUCAUUCCCCUAGAGCGGCAAGAUUGUGGGUUUUGAGGAGGCAUCUUAGAGUGCUUUUUAAAACAAGUUACAUAAGUGGAGAAAAUUUUUCAAUCUUCUUACUUGGAAUGGCUACAACUAAUUUGAACCAAUGCCAGAUUUCCCUUUACCAUGGAAAACAGAACUUGCAUUUCGCAAAUUAAAAAAGGUAUAAUAACCUCAAACUCACAUCUUGGCUUAUCUUGUAUUUAUGUUUCUUUUCACCCGAAUUAACAAUUUUUAUAAACCAUUUUCUGGGGGUUACCAAAACCAUUGGAGGAGGUUUAGAAAAGCUUUUCUUGACUUCCUUGGAAUGGCUGUCAGAGGGCGAGCUCGGCCCCUUCUUGAAGUCAUACUGCUUUAUUUCGUGCUGUUUUCUUCCUUUCUCUCUUUCUUUCAUUUUUUUUUUUAAUGUUUCUGUUCAGAGAACUUGCUUCAUCUUCCAUAUAUUCUGCUCAGGGCACUUGUGAUGAUUAGGUUUUUCUUUUUUCUUUUUUUUUUUUUUUUUUUUUGUUUGUAACCUUUGAUGAUAAGACGGAGAACGGGGCUGCCAUCCAGACGUUGUCCUCAUUAGCGCCACUUUUGGACUCAGAAAAAAAAAACUCAUCGAUCAAUAAUCACCUUUUGGCUUACUUUGGAGUAUUGAACUAACUGGAUCCACGAAACCGACACCAUCACGGGAAAAUGUAACACGGUUCGCAGCCAUAGGAACAUCAUCAUCAUUUGUGUGCUUUUGCUCUAUUUCAGGUAUAGGAAUUAAUCAUUGGUUCUUUCGAAAACAGUGUCCCGUUUUUAUUCUCUUGCUUUUCUUAGCAUGUGCAAUACUUUCUGUGCCAAUAGAGUCUGACCCGUGUGCUCUAGUUCAAAGCUCAUGUACCCCUUUGGCUGAUUUUCCUGUCGGGUCCAUCUUUCCGGUUCUGGCCAGACAUGGAACGGGGCCAGGAAGGGGAACGCUGCUGCUCUGUUGUGAGUUUUCCCUGCUGCGGAUACGGACAGCCUGCCGGGGAAGCUCCCGGUGGGUGUCUGUCUGUGUGUCACCAAGUCACAGAAAGAGCCAGCAAAGGAGAUCUAAGGAAGCAAGCUGCAGUGCCCCCAUCACCGCCAGGAAUAGUGAACGUGGAGUCUUGGAGAGGAAGGGGCAGAACUCGCAGCUAAGGGACACUCUGGAGAAGCAUAGCCAGGAUCCACCCAUGGGCCACGUCCUUCCCAGGAUGGGACUGUCACCUCCUGAGGUCUGCGCUGUGCCUCUGAGCAAGGGGGCUCGGGCAGUGACUGCAAGAGGGAGUCACCCGUCCGGGAACCACGAUCAUCGCUCCUCUGUGGCAGCUCUCUCUCCAAAUAGGAAGACCACCCAGGGCACAGGGCACUUCCUCUGCUUUGCGGACACCGGGGAGGCCCCCCCACCCCACAACCACGAGAAGCCCAGGGCAGUCUGUGCCGCCGCUCCUGUGUAGCAAACCUAACAGUGACAGGCCUAGAAAUCUCUUUGGUGCCGUGCAGCUUACGAGGAUCAGCUAUGUGCCUCUGUACUCUGUCCACUCUGCAAUAUUUGCUGACAGCCGUCUUGCGUUCAUUCUUUCCUGGUUUCCAUUUUUAAACUAAUAAUAACAGCAGGCCUUUUGCGUUUACAAUGGAACACAAUCACCAAGAAAUUAGUCAGGGCGAAAAAAAAGAAAAUAAUAAUAAUAAUAAUAAUACGAAACCAACAAACAAGAACCUCUCUUUGUAGGGAUUUCUAAAUAUAUAAAAUGACUGUUCCUUAGAAUGUUGAACUUGAGAAUCCUUUCGGUUUGUCUGGACCACCUUGGGGGCGGGGGUGGGUGGGGACGGGGCGGGGGAAAUAUAGACAUGGACGCCACUUACCUCAAAUCUUUUAAAGUGGAAAUCCAAAUUGCAUUUUUUAUUUGGACUUUCAGGAGAAUCUUCUAUGUCAAUUUUAUUUUUUUGUUUGUUUCUCCCUAUUCACCCAAUUUGGGUUUAAGAUGAUUUAUUUUUUUUUCUUUUUUUUUUUUAAUCCCUGUCGUCACUGAUCCCAUUUCUGACUCUGAAUGGUGACCCUGUAUGUUUUGUUUGGUGAGUGUGUUGGGUUUCCCCCUACCAGGAAGUGGCGGCAUCCUUCCUUCCUUCUCCCCUACAAGGAACUCUGCGGAACCUUUCACACCUCUUACUCAGGGACGGGGCUGGCGUGUGUGUGUGUGUGGUACACGGACGUGUCCAGAAGCAGCACUUUGACUGCUCUGGGGUAGGGUUGUACAACUUCAAGGAAUGUUUGGAUUUCCUGCAUCUUGUGGAUGACUCCUUUAGAUACUGCAUAGAUUGCAAUAUAAUGCUGCAUGUUCGAGAUGAACAGUAGCUCCUAGUAAAUCAAAAAAAAAAAAAUCCACUCUUUGCACAUAGUUUGAUCUUUACUGAAAUAUGUUGCCAAAAUUUAUUUUUGUUGUUGUAGUAGCUUUGGGUUUCUUUCUUUUUUUUUUUUUU